AUGCGCGCGAUACGAGGAUACUGGGUUUGCACGGCGGCUUUGGCAGCUGGGGACUCCGAGUCGUCAAAUCCCGAUAAUCUACGCAAGCGGAUAGAUGCAGAACAGGUCAUUAUAACUGUGGUAACGAGCGAGUCGAUAGUCGGCGGACAGGGCGUGCUCGAAAUAGACGAUGGCAUUCAGUUGAGAGAAGGUGCUGAACGGAGCAUAGUCGUCGUCACCACGACCCAAUCUGCUGUCACUAUAGCAUAUCCAAAGAAAGCCGAGGCACCUUUAUUCAAGCGCAAGCUAGGGUCGAAUCGCUGGGAUAUAAUUCAUGAAGGAAUCCAAGGACAAAAGCGAGAUGCGACUCAAUGUCCCGCCGAUUACCAACUAUGUCCCAAGUCGUUGAACGGAGGCUGCUGUCCAAAUGACCGGGUUUGCGGGUCCAGUAGCUGCCUUCCCACAAGUACUGCUCCAGCUUCUGCUUGCGGGAAGCUAGGAUACGUUGCUUGUGGGAUGUCUGACGGAGGUGGCUGCUGUCCAUCGGGUUACGCAUGUGGACAACUAGGCUGUAGCCCUUCCGCUGGUGUAUCUUAUAGUCAAACCUGCGGCGUCGAGUCGUAUCUUUGCCCGGCAUCGUUCAACUAUGGAUGCUGUAAGAAGGGUAUGGGCUGUGCGCUUAAUGGCUGUUAUGCUACAAGUAUUACGACAUUUACUGUGACCGAAACAUUUACGACAACGGAUGCGAGCUCGAAUCCUCAUACCAUCACAUCCACAAUCCUAACAGCCGCAACUCCUUCGGUGCCAACAGCUACGGCAUCCAACGAGGCCAAUUUGGUACCUAAAUUACCCUCUACAGUCUCUGCAAUCGCCAAAGUGGACGCCACAGGGAGUCCAAGUACCGGAAUGUCCACCCCAGUCAUUGGAGGAAUCAUCGGAGCAUCAGUAGCCUUCCUCAUCAUUAUUCUAAUUGCCGCCACCUUGAUAAUUCGACGAUUAAAUACAGCUAUCAAAAUAUCAGCUACCUCAAAUUCCCGCACAUCAUCCAGCGGUCCACGUACAGGUCAACCACACGCUCAACAAAUAGAAGGACUAGACGUCGACGCGAUGUCAAUCGAUCCAUUAAUGAUGACCGGAUCGGAAGCUGCCAGCAGUGUCCGCCACCCAUCCCAUCAAUCGAACCCCCACAGUUCCGCCCAUGAAGUAGAAGCCAACUCCCCACCUCUCUUCCACAGCCCUUUCACCCCCUAUCCACCACCACACACCCACUAUCCACGAGGCUACAACCCAGUUGCAGCAUCGGAAUCCAACUACUCUCAAUCCAGCUCAGCUGGUUACUUUGAUCUCCCAAUCCAAUCUAACCAUCGCGACUCUCAAGGCUCAGGACCGACUCGACGCCCCAGCCAACACGGUAGAAAUUGGAGCAACGCCAGUGAUCAGAGCCAAGUAAGCCAGGUAUCCAGCGAGGCAGCGGAACUGGAAGCCACUUCGGAAGGAGGUUCGCGUUGGGGCAUACAUCGCGCAUUGUCCGGCCUCGGGAUGGGGAGGAUGGUCAGCAGGAGACGAAGCGAUAAUGUUGCUUUAAUCGGCGGCCCGAAUAGGCCUACCCCAGCAUCGCCGGUUUUGGGGCAUAUACCAGAGGCGUCAGAAAGUCAGCACCGUGUUGAUCUGCUUGGGCAUGUUGGCGCGCGAGGCUUAAACGGUGUGCAAGGUUUAAGUGGUGUGCAAUUAAGGGAAGCCGGAUUGAGUAAUUCGCAGCUGAGGGAAAUGACUAUGUCCGAGGUGUCAAAUCCAUAUGCUAGCCCUACGGAACGGCAUGCGCCAGACAUGAAUGAAAAGCAAUAUGGGUAA